GUAACUGAAAAGAAACCAGAAGCAGCAUCUGAGGGAGUAGCUGAGAAAAAACCAGAAGAAGCGGCUUCUGAAGGAGUAGCUGAAAAGAAACCAGAAGAAGCAGCGUCUGAAGGAGUAGCUGAAAAGAAACCAGAAGAAGCAGCGUCUGAGGGAGCAGCUGAGAAGAAACCAGAAGAAGCAGCUUCUGAGGGUGUGAGUGAAAAGAAACCAGAAGAAAGCGCUGAUGGAAUGCCGAUGCAGGCUGAAAAAUCGUCCGACUCACAGGAUAAGUCGGAAAGUGCGGUUAAAGAAGAAUCUAGUUUGUCUACUUCAGAACCUAAAGAACAGAAAGAGCCCACAGAAGAAAAGAUUAAUGUUAACGAUGGCAAAGUCAAUGCUGAUUCAGCUAAGGAAGGAGCAGGUGCCGAAGCUACAGUAUCAACGGCAGCUCCGAAAGAAACAAAUGACAAAGUUCUUCAAAAAGGAGACAAAGUGGAGACAUCAAACGUACUCGUCACACAUUUCAAAGGAGCAAGUUCAACCUGCAGCAGCAGUGAAUUAAAAACUCUCAUGCAAAAGACACUGACAAACGACAUUGAAACAUCGAAGUCGGCGAUGUACGAUGCACUUCAUCAGUACGCUCCAAACGCUGGUUUCCUCAUCUUCUGCUCAGAAGGCCGCUUUUCCUUCAAGGCUGAUGCACUGGAGCAUUGCCUUGUUGGGAACGAUAAAUUCAAUUGUUAUGCGUUUCGUGCUUAA